AUGCGUCCGGGAAAAAACUACUUACUGGAGCUGGGCAUACCCUUGCAAGAUCGAAAUAUCAUGGCGGGUAGGACAUGCAGCUUUUUUGAGGUUUGGUUGGCGACAUAUAGGAAGUUUAAGGGCACAGGCCCAUUUUGUGGCUUCUAUUUGGGGGGUGGCAACCCGGACAUCUUUGUGCUCACACCUGAGUUGGCAAAAUUGGUGCUGAUAAAAGACUUCAAUAAAUUUACCGAUCGCGGCUUUUACACAAAUGUGAAGCAUGAUCCGCUCUCGGGGCAACUUUUCAUGUUGGACGGACACAAGUGGCGGAGUAUGCGCACGAAGCUUUCGCCUACCUUUACCUCCGGUAAAAUGAAAUUGAUGUAUCCGAUAGUUGUCAAAGUCGCUGAGGAGCUCUCAAAUAUGUUUGAGAACUUGCGCCAAGAGGACGCAGUGGUAGAAAUAAGAGAUCUGGUGGCGCGUUUCACAACCGACGUCAUUGGAUCCUGUGCUUUCGGCAUUGAAUGCAACAGUUUGAAGAAUCCAAACUCAGAAUUUCGGGUGAUGGGCAAAAAGACGUUGACCGAUGUAGGUAUUUCACGCUUUGGUCGUAUAUUUGCGCACACCUUCCCGGAUUUAGCACGAUUUUUACGCAUAAAGCUCAUACCAGAUCACAUAACGGAAUUCUACAUGCGCAUCGUGCGCGAGAAUAUCGAAUACCGUGAGAGGAAUAAAAUUCGACGUAAUGACUUCUUCGAUAUGCUUUUAGAUUUGAAGAACAACAAGCUGAUGAAGUCGGAGGAUGGCCAUGAUAUGAGCAUAACAGUGGAAGAGCUCGCGGCACAGGCAUACGUCUUUUUGGUUGCUGGUUUUGAAACAUCCUCGACUACGCUUUCUUUUGCACUUUACGAACUGGCACAGCAUCAGGCUGUACAAGAGCGAGUACGAAAAGAGAUUUUGGAGGUAUUGGAUCGUCAUAGUGGCGAGUUCACUUACGAGUCUAUGGCCGAAAUGACUUAUCUAAAUCAAGUAAUCUUGGAAACUCUGCGCUUGUACACGGUGCUGCCGGUAUUGAAUCGAAAGUGCUUGGAGGAUUACGUGGUGCCGGGUCACCCCAAGUAUGUGAUUAAGAAGAAUAAGAGAAUAUUGAUACCGGUGGGCGCUAUGCAUCGUGACCCAGAUUUGUACCCGAACCCCGAUGUAUUCAAUCCCGAUCACUUUUCGCCAGAGAAAGUGGCUAAGCGUGACUCUAUCGAGUUCCUGGCUUUCGGCGAGGGUCCGCGAAAUUGUAUUGGCAUGCGCUUUGGAAAGAUGGAAGUUUUGAUCGGCUUGGUGAGCUUGUUGCGGAAUUUCCGCUUCAGUGUGUGCGAUAAGACGACUAUACCGAUGGAAUACAACGUGGCCAGCUAUCUCGUUAGCCCGAAAUCGGGUAUUUAUUUGCGUGUGGACAGACUGUAAAAUGCAAUGGAGAAUUUAGUUUUUAAAAAUUUGCUAAAAUAUUUCUAUUAUUGAACGGUU